AUGUCGUGCAAGGGAAUCCGACAAGCGCUCGCCGACUGUAUCCUGCGGAGUGACUGCGUCCUGCGAUCCGACCCGCCGCGGUCACCGCAAGAGUGCCUCAAGGAGCACAGCGACGAGUUGCCCGAGGAGUGCCAGCUGCUGAGGAAGAGCUUCUUCGAGUGCAAGAGGGGAAUGCUGGACAUGCGGAAACGCUUCCGAGGAAACGAGCCCGCGCAGUUCAAGACGACCGGCAAGGAAGGACUCGGCGAGGCGGCGGACGCGAAAAACUGA